AUGCAAUCUAUUCCAUAUUAUCAACAACAACAAGGCUAUCAACCUCAACCUUAUCAACCCCAACCACCUGCUGCUCCUAAUGUAUUGAACAAUGGACCCGCCUUAUUAAAUCAUCCCAAUGGUCUUCCACCUAUGCAACAUCCUGGUAUUCCUGAUCAAUCACAAGUAGCUGCUGGUACUCAACCUGCACCCAAGCGCAAACAAGUCAAGAAUGCCUGUACCAACUGUCAAAAAGCUUGUAAGAAGUGUGACGAUGCUAGACCAUGUCCUAGAUGUAUUAAAUACGGUAUUGCUGAUACCUGUGUCAAUUCAGUCAGAAAAGAACGUAAGAAGGGUAUCAAGCGUGGUCCUUAUAAGAGAAGACAAAAGACUGAGGAAAAGCCUCGUAAGAAUGGUAACGACAUGAACCCUGAUCAACAUCCUGCUCAAUAUGCUCCUGUUCGUGGACCUGCUAUGACAUACGGUUAUCCUAGCAACUUGAAUCAAUAUGGUCAACCUUUUGAGAUGCCUUAUGGACAAUAUGCUGCUGCUGCUCCUUACCAUAAGGACCAAAUGAUGUCUCAGCCUUAUGUUGUAAACCCUGUCUAUCCUCCUAUGGGCUAUCCUGUCAUUGUCCCUGGUGCUGAUGGUCAACAACCACAACCCAAUCAGCAACCUCAAAACCCUCCUCAGCAACACGCUUAUCACCCUCAAUAUAGUACCAUGAUUCAUCAUCAGCAACAGCAACAAGCACAACAACAACAACAUCAACAGCAACAACAACAGCAACAACAACAAGCACAAAGCACUUCCCAACAAGCAUCUGCAUCCUCAAGUCCUCGUCCUCCUAUGAUGCAACAACAUAACGAACAUGUUAUGCACCAAUCUUCACCCGCUGGUAGUCCUCAAGUUUACUAUCAACAAGCUGCUGUCGCUGCUGCUGCUGCCGCUGCUGCUGCCACACCUCAGCAAUCCUCAGCUCAAACUUCUCAACAACAUAGCCAACCUCCUUCACAAAGAAAUAGUCCUCAUUUGCCUGAGAUCAAGCCAGAGCAUACUUCUAACGAAGCAUUUGCCAAGCCUACUUCAAUGACACCUGUUCCUUCUACAUCUACUUCCACUGCCACUACGUCUUCCCCUGAAUCAGGUAAGAUAAAAAAUGAGAGAGAAAGGCUUUGCAUGCUUAUUCACAUUUAUUUUAUAGGUUCAUGGGUUCCUCCUCGUUCUUCCUAA